AUGGAUUAUCUGCGGCUGGUGCUCUCCUGCCUCGUCCCCCUGCACGGCUGCCUGGCCGCCGGCAGCGCCCCAGAGCUCCUGCUGUCCGGCAAACUCAGCGAGUAUGGAGUGAUCGUCCCCUUCAGCACCGACUGCCGGGGCCGCUUCCUGUCGCACGUGGUGUCCGGCGAGGCGGCGGCGGGGCUCGGCCAGCCCGCCUGUGCCCCGGAGCCAGCCCCGGAGCCAGCCCCGGCCCGGGCCCGGGCCCGCCGCGUCCCCCGCAGCCCCCCGGAGGAGCCCCCCCAGCGCCGCCUGCUCUAUUUCAACGUCACGGUUUUUGGGAAGGAGCUGCACCUCCGGCUGAGCCCCAACCGCCGGCUGGUGCCGCCGGGAGCCGUGGCGGAGUGGCAGGAGGAUUUCGAGGUGCUUUUCCGGGAACCCCUCCAGCAGCGGUGCCUUUUCACCGGUGACAUCUCCGGGAUGCCCGGAGCUGCCGUGGCCAUCAGCAACUGCGAUGGGCUGGCUGGCCUGAUUCGGACAGACAGCAACGAGUUUUUCAUCGAGCCCCUGGAGAGAGGCCAGCAGGACACAGAGGAGCACGGCAGGGCCCACGUGGUCUAUCGGCGCUCGGCCAUCCGGCAGGACGGCGCUGAGCCACCCCACGACCUCCACCCCGAAGGGCCCGGGGUGCAGGUGGGCGAGCUCCCGAAUUCCCUGGAGCUGAUGGCGGAGCGGCUGGGGGAUGCGGAGCGCAAGCGGCGCCACGCCAGGAAGGACGACUACAACAUCGAGGUGCUGCUGGCCGUGGAUGACUCCGUGGUGCGCUUCCAUGGCAAGGAGCACGUCCAGAACUAUGUCCUCACCCUCAUGAACAUAGUGGAUGAGAUUUACCACGACGAGUCGCUGGGCGUGCACAUCAACAUUGUGCUGGUCAGGAUGAUCAUGGUGGGAUAUCGCCAGUCGGUGAGCCUGAUCGAGCGGGGCAAUCCCUCGCGCAGCCUGGAGCAGGUGUGCCGCUGGGCGCACUCGCAGCAGCGCCCCGACCCCGCGCACGCCGAGCACCACGACCACGCCGUCUUCCUCACCAGGCAAGAUUUUGGGCCCGCAGGUAUGCAAGGCUACGCUCCGGUGACAGGGAUGUGCCACCCUCUCCGCAGCUGCACCCUCAACCACGAGGACGGCUUCUCCUCGGCUUUCGUGGUCGCCCACGAGACCGGGCACGUGUUGGGCAUGGAGCACGACGGGCAGGGCAACCGCUGCGCCGACGAGACCAGCAUGGGGAGCAUCAUGGCGCCGCUGGUGCAGGCCGCCUUCCACCGCUACCACUGGUCCCGCUGCAGCAAGCAGGAGCUCAACCGCUACAUCCACUCCUACGACUGCCUCCUGGAUGACCCCUUUGAGCACCAGUGGCCCAUGCUACCCGAGCUGCCAGGAAUUAAUUAUUCCAUGGAUGAGCAGUGCCGCUUCGACUUCGGCGUGGGCUACAAGACCUGCACGGCGUUCCGCACCUUCGACCCCUGCAAGCAGCUGUGGUGCAGCCACCCAGACAACCCCUACUUCUGCAAGACCAAGAAGGGGCCGCCCUUGGAUGGCACCGAGUGCUCUCCUGGCAAGUGGUGCUUCAAGGGCCACUGCAUCUGGAAGACGUCAGAGCAGCCUUACAGCCAGGAUGGCAGCUGGAGCUCCUGGUCCAAGUUCGGCUCGUGCUCCAGGACCUGCGGGGGAGGCGUGCGGUCCCGCAGCCGGAGCUGCGACAACCCGCCCCCAGCGUACGGAGGGCGCCCUUGCCCAGGAGCCACCUACGAGUACCAGGUGUGCAACGCCGAGGAGUGCCCGGGGCCCUUCCAGGAUUUCCGUGCCCAGCAGUGCUCCAAGCGCAACUCCUACUACACCCACCAGAACAGCAAACACUCCUGGCUUCCCUACGAGCACCAUGACGAUGCUCAGAAGUGUGAGCUGAUCUGCCAGUCUGAGGGCACGGGGGACGUGGUGUUCAUGAACCAGGUCGUUCACGACGGGACCCGCUGCAGCUACCGAGACCCCUACAGCGUCUGUGUCCGGGGCGAGUGCCUGCACAUCGGCUGUGACAAGGAGGUUGGCUCCCUGAAGCAGGAUGACAAGUGUGGGGUCUGCGGGGGGGACAAUUCCCACUGCCGGACGGUGAAGGGCACGUUGGCCAAGACCCCCAAGCAGCCAGGUGUUUUGAAGAUGUUUGAGAUCCCAGCUGGAGCAAGGCACCUUCAGAUAGAGGAGAUGGAGCCAGCAUCCCACAGCAUCGCUGUUAAGAAUCAAGCCACAGGGAACUUCAUCCUUAAUGCCAAGGGCCAAGAAGCCAAAAGCCAAGUGUUCAUUGAGAUGGGCCUGGAGUGGGAAUACACUGUGGAACAAGGCAAGGAGAGCCUGAAAACCAGCGGUCCCCUGCACGAGGCCAUCAGUGUUUUGGUCGUCCCUCAGGAGGAGGAGGCGAGGAGCAGCCUCAUGUACAGGUACAUCAUCCAUGAAGACCUGCUGCCCAUGAUUGGAAAUAACAAUGUCCUGCUGGAGGAGAUGGAUUCCUAUGAGUGGGCCCUCAAGAGCUGGUCCCAGUGCUCCAAGGCGUGUGGAGGAGGCAUCCAGUACACCAAGUACGGCUGCCGUCGGAAAAGCGACAACCGGAUGGUGCAUAGGAACUUCUGUGACAACAGCAAGAAACCAAAGCCAAUCCGGAGGCGCUGUAACCUCCAGGAAUGCUCCCAGCCCAUGUGGGUGGCUGAGGAGUGGGGCGCCUGCAGCCGCUCCUGCGGGAAGCUGGGGGUGCAGGCGCGGGCGGUGCAGUGCAUGCAGCGCCUGCAGGACGGCACCAACCGCACCCUGCACAGCAAGAACUGCCCCGGGCAGCGCCCCGAGACGCGCCGGCCCUGCGGCCGCCUGCCCUGCCCCGCACAGUGGAGGACAGGAGCCUGGUCCGAGUGCUCGGUGACCUGCGGGGAAGGCGUCCAGCAGCGGCAGGUGGUGUGCAAGGGCAGUGACAGCGGCGCCCGCUGCGAGGGUGACAAGCCAGAGGCCAUCCAGGGCUGCCAUGUGGCUGUCUGCCCAGGGAAGCUCUCUGGCAUCACUGCCAGUGCUGAUGCCGGUGACCACGGCACGACCAAAGGGCAGCGGGUGCCCCAGGAGGGAGCCAAAAACCCCGUGAGCAAGAUCUCCUCCAGGGAGCCUUGCCUCGGGGACAAGUCCAUCUUCUGCCAGAUGGAGGUGCUGGCUCGCUACUGCUCCAUCCCUGGCUACAACAAGCUCUGCUGUGAAUCCUGUGGGAAGAAAGCCUCCUCCACCACGGGCUCAGCUCCUGCCACCAGCAUUCCCCCGGGAACCACCACUCCCAGCCCUGCUCUGCCUCUCCUCCCCUACCCCACUAGCCCAGCUCGGGGGGAGCCCGCUGGGGACCCCACUCUGGCACCUGGGGUAUCCAGCAGUGCUGCUUUUCCAGGGGAGCUGCCAGCCCCCAGGGAGCAGGGAAGGGGCCAGGGGGCCAGGUAA